AUGGAAGUGAUCCCAGUGAAUUUCGGCCUAAAAUAUCGUCCUCCAAAGUUGGGUAUUUAGUACUACAUGCGAGACUGUCCCACUACUCACUUUGUCUAUGAGAUCUCUCUAUCUUUUGUGACAAAGAACGCCAACAUUGACUCUGUGACCAAGGAAAUUAUAGACAAAAAUAAGAUGUACUUAAACCCAAAAGUAGUCUCAGUAAAUCAAGUGAGGCGUCUGGUUGAAAGAAUGGUAAAGACCCUAAACAACUCGGCUUACUAGGAGGAUAAGGAAAACAGCUAAAUUGAUAAUAACUCCAGUAAAAAUAGCAUAUAGAUGCUCAAGGGAGGGUACUAGCAGCAGCCACAAUAAAUCAACAAAUAAAACAAAGGCAAUCUUGGUAAGAAUUACGAUGAAUCCCCCAUGGAUUCUGAGCGAUCAAUUGACGUAUCGUAACACUAAAACAUUCAGUAAAUAAGGGAGCAAGAAAACCAAAGUCUGUCAAGAAUUGACUCGAUGCGUGAUGAUGACCCAAAUGGAGCCGAAGUUGACCUAUUAAUAUCAGGCAUCCAACACAAUCAGUCUAACAUGAGAGGAGCUCUCGGGGAAAACGACCAGGAUCUAGAGCAAUUGCUCAAGACUGGAGCUUUCACCAAGGAGAUGAUGAUGGGCUCAACUAUCAGAAACCUAGGAAACACUAUUAAGCAAGUUAGAGGCGGUAACUUUGAGCAAAACAACUCAAUGCACAGCAACUCCUAGCUACAAGAAGAUGAUCAAUACGAAGAAGGCGCUUUCGACGACAGUCAACAGCAGUUCGACGAGAACGAUUAGCAACAAUAGCAAUAAUUAAUGAGUGGCUUUGAAAACGAUCUCGACAACGAAGACGAUGAAGAGCAGAUGUCUCAGUUGCAACAGGAGAUGGCUGAUGGAACUGGCGCUGCUGAAGGAGAAGAGGAGGAUGUCAUUGACAUCGACAAUCCCGAUGAACUCGCUAAGAAAGGUCUCAAGAGAAUCUAAAUCGAAGGGGAAGAGGAAGAAUUCCUUAUGGACAUGCAAGGAAACAUCUACGAUCUUGCUGGAAACUUCAUUGGCACUACUGACGGAGACGGAGGUGCUGAGGGAGUUCAGUAGAUUGGAGGUGACUCUGAACUUAUGAAUGAAGACGAGCAGUACGCUGAAGGCGAAUAUGAAGAAUAUUGA